GUUCGGUUUGGACUGACCGUGGCGUAACAUAAUAGUAUAUAAAUAUUAUAAAAUAUCGCGUAAAGCGUAAAUCGCGUUUCGUAAUUUUUUAUUAUUAUUAUUUUUUUCAACUACCAAUAUUGAUAUUUGCGAUCGAGGAAAAAUAGAAAAAUUGAAAAAAUAAAUCCGGACGGUGUACCGCUUUCCCGGCCGCCCAACGAUAUAUCAUUACACGACAGCGGUGAUUUUUGCGUUUUUUAUUAUUGUUACUAACGUCCGCGAUCGAAUGUCCGUUUGAUUUUUACGGGAUAAUACGUACGGAAUUAUAAUAAUAAUACGUAUAGACACAAAAUAUACGUCGCACAUAUACAAACACACAAUACGUAUACACGCGCAUACGUAGUCGUAUACCGUUUAACGAAAUGGCAAACAAUAGUGAAUUAUUGUUAGUCAAAUUCCUGUUGAUGGUCCACGUACUGCAGUACACCUGUAUCGGUUUCACGUCCACCAGAUCUUCGGGCGUUCAUCAAAGUAAGUGAAAACCAACGAAUAUUGUUACGGUUUACGAGUAUACAAAUAUUAUCGGAUUAAAAUUCGAAUUUUUUUUUGAUAUUCUGAAUUGUACAGGUCAUGUUUAAAAUUCAACAUUAUAAAUUGAGGCACAGGAAACAUUUCAGUGCUUCCGAAAAAAUUGACGAUCGAUUUGUUAAGUUUUGAAGGGUUGCAGCUAACAAAAUUACCAUACAUAGAGAAUAUAUUUAGGAAUAUAUAGGAAUAUAUUUUUUACCAUACUAAAAAUUAAAUUUGAAUUAUAAUCAUCGUCCUGAAAAAAUAAAUAUGUUUUAAUUUGUCAUUAUAUUGUUAUAAUACUAUUUCUCUAUAUAAGAAAUACAGAAAUAUAAAAUAUAUAAUAUAUAAAAAAAAAAACGACCGAAUUAUUGAACAUUCGUUUUAGUUGUUUUAUUUUUGGUUUUUAAGAAAACUAUUGUGAUUUAAAUUAUAUACCUAUAGGUAUAGUUGGGUACAUUCUAAAUGGGAUUUCGGAUCAUUUUGAUCCCGCGGAUAUUUAUUCAACUAUAUUCAAAAACAUUCGAUAUUAGUCUACGUAAUAUAAAUCAUAUUACCGAACAGCGAGUUAGUUAUAUUUAGGCUUAGAGAUUUUUUAACUCUAAAAAACAUGUACAUAUGUUUUAAAAACAAUCAAAUAUAUGCUAGAAUUUGCUCUUAAGAUAUUUUGUUUCUAUUGGAAUUAUACACUGAAAACUUGACGUAUAACUAAUUUAUUAUAAAUAUUUUUUUAUUAUGGAUAAUUGUAUUUACAUAAAGACUUUGUGUUUUAAGAUGGUUGAUUUGAGAGUUAUUGAUCAAACUAACUCAAUGUUUGUUCGUAGGCCUAAAAUAUAAAUCAAAUUACCAUACAUUAACUAUUACUAUUAACUUACGAUAGUCUAUUUGACCGUGCUAUCGUAUACCAGUGCGUAUGAAUUUGUGAAAUGUAAAUCGAAAAAUGCGUGUCUAUGACACGGCAUACUUAAAAGCAAUAUAGGUACUGCUAAAAAUAUACUAUAAAAAGCAAAAACUGUAAAAUACGCAAUUAAUUUACGAAAUAAAAUUUAGGAUUUAGAUUUAUAUAUCAUGCAUAUAUUUUUAUUUUUAUGCUACUUUUUUUUUUUUAAAAAAAAGAAAGAAAUAUGCAAAUGCUAUAUAUUUUUUUCGGGUGUAGGUAUGCUUAUUAUUAAUAUAAUAUUCCUAAAUUGUAUGUCUAUUGAGUAUCUAUCCGAUUUAUAAUUACUGGGCUUAAGUUAUAAUUUAGUGUAUUUUAAUUUAAAAUUAAUAUCACUUAAUAACCUAACUAUUUAAAAUUAUUCCAAAAUACUUUACAAUGUCCCGAUAUAAUAUAUAUUUUUGUUUAUUACUCAUGUAUAAAUAAUAUUGUAUACUUUAAAACUAGAUGAUAAACUAUACCCGUAAAUAUUAUAUUAAUGAUGGGUGAAAGUCAAAUAUAUUCUGUUCACUCUUCUGAAAUGCGUUUUUAAGGUCAUUUUUUGAAUAAAUUAAAUUAGCCAUCUGCGUAAACUUUCUUAUAAAUAAUAUUAUUUAUAAAAAGUAAUAUAUUUUGACCUCGAUCGAUUUUUUAAAAUACAAAUUUAUAUUGUGCUACGCGGAUGUACAAGGAAUGUUUACGAGUCUUUCGCCAGCUGUUACGAAUUUAUAAUGCGAACAUUUUGUACAACUUAACGAAUAUCUAGCAUACUGCAGUAAUAAUUGAUCAAUAAAUUAGAAUUAAUUUAUUUUACUGAAAUCUCCAACAAUCAUAAAAUAAGAUAUGGAUACAUGUGUUAUACGUGUUGAUGAUAUGUUAAUAAUGUGAUACGUGUGUUUUCCCGAUUGACAACAAUAUCAUAAUAUUAAACAAUUUAUAAUCUCACAAAGAAAUAUCGUUGUUAUUCCAAGUUAAAAAAAACAGACAUACUUUGCACGAUGGGUGCAGCCACUGUUGUUGGUGAAAAGUUGUGAAGUUAGGACACAAAAGAGAUUUGAAUGCAUAUCUGUAUACAACGAUAAACCAUUGCUUACGAAAAAAUGAUUUUGAGCGGAGUUCAGUUGAUAGUGAGGCUUUAUCAAUAAUGUAUAAUAUAUUUUAUAUUAUAGUAAAAUAAUUAAAUAGGCAUUAUUCAUUUUCAGUAAUAAUAUUUGUUUUAUAUUGUACUGAUUUUUCCGUUUUUUCCGGUUUUCCCGUGUUUUCCCCCAAGUUUUCACAUUUGUUGAGAUAAAACUGGAAAAAUCGAAAAAUGACCUCUCUAAAAUACCACCCCAAGAAAAUUUCCACCUAGAAAAAGGUCUACAUAAAAAACAACGAAGUAAGCUUUCUAGUAGAAAAAGUGUUCACAUAAAAAAAAAAAUUAUACAUCUUUGUAAAACCAAUACAUUCUUUUCUACACUCAGAAUCUAAAACUAUUAUAAAUUCAUAUCGUGAUGUCGGUUUAAAAUCCAAGACAGUAGACGAAAAACGUGAAAAUUUGCAGGAUCGUUCAAUAAUUUCUGCCCCCGAAUAAAUGAAAAUUCACUCAAUAUAUAAAUUACUAGAGUCUUUUGUAUUUCAAUUAUACAAAUUACAGUGGUGGAACUAACGAAUAAGCAUCAUAGGCCAGGGUCUACUAACUUUUCACUGAAAAUUAAUGAUCAAUAAAUAAUAAUCUAUUAAAUUGUUAUUUUUUAUCUGGGUCUAGUAUUUUUAAAUUGUUCCGUGAAACAAAGGCUUGAAAAAUCAACGGUUUUAAGAAAAAUGUAAAAUAUAAAAUUUCUAUUAUUAGUGUUUUCCAAUCAAACAUAUCGGGCAUAUCCAGUAAAAAAUGUCUUGCAACGUCACCUCUUAUAACGACGAAAAGAAAAAAAAAUAUCUAUAAAUAACCAGUAUACAAUAAUUAUCGAGUGUAUAGUCAAAUCGGAUUCUUACAGUUUUUUAGUAAACGGUUUAUAGAAAAAAAAAAAGAAAAAAGAAAGCUGAUUCGAGUGGGUUUUUAGUCAUCGGUUUUUCAGCGGAUGAAAUCAGGUCGUGACGCUAGGUAAAUACAUAAACGAAAGAACAAUUACAUAAAAUCGAUUUUAGUUAAAUGUAUAUACUUUAUAAAUAACGCACCGUGAAUAAAAAACGAUGUGGAUACGUUGAAGAUCGGUAAAAAUAAAUCAUUGUUAAUCGGCUUUAAUACACCGUACCGGCCACAAGUACCCACCCGCAACUUCAGUUCACAAAAAUUAGCGACGGAAAAGCCGGUGGAAGGGUAAAUUACAUCCUCCCCACCCCCUCGCCGUCCGAACGGACGCUUGUUGUGUUUACAACGUCGCCGUUAACUCUUGACGAAUAUUGUCGAUGCCGACACGUAAUACGAACAAAUACGUUUUUAGGCGUGACGAGUAUGCAAUUUAGUUGACGUCUGUGUGUUAUAAUAUUAUAACGGCACGCUGAGGCGCCCGCUGGGGCGUUCGACGAAAGCGUUAACGCAGAGCCGCGCCGCCGUCGGAAAUAUCAUUACAUUAUUCGAUUGCCAUUUAACUGCGUGAAUUAUCAUACGUUUUAAAUCGAAUGGCAUUAGACGUUUUAUUCCUAGUGAUUGUACCGUUUUCAGUAUAGACUAGUAGACUACAAUAUUUAUUGGUACAGUAUACCAAUAUUUUUUUCGACAACUUUUAAUGUUUCACUAGAUUUAUUCAUCGAUUUAAAGAUUUUUGCAAAAAUGGCCGACAUUCUGUAGAAUUAGAUGCGGUCAAAAGGUACGUAGUGGAAUUAUGAUCAGGCCGGCACGAGGGUCUAAAUCGCGCAUAUAAUUAUAUAGAAAAGCGGACGAAAUUGGUAUUGACAGCACUAAUUAUAGUAUAUAUUAGUUAUACCACUUUGAAAAAUAAAGGAUUUAGAAAUGAUUUUGAAACGAAUUAUCACGGUAUUAAAAACGGUGUAUUUAUAUUUUCAAAAGAAAUACAUUUAAAUUACCGCUUAUAUUAAACGGGUGAUUUUAUUUCAAAUUAUUUAAUAUCAAAAUAAACCUUCCAAAAAAUUCAGUGGUUUACUAUAAUUUUGGUUUCAACUCAGAUAAAAGUAGGUAAAAUAAAAUAAUACAUCCAAUUCAAAUUCGUUUUCUUCCCUACAGUUUUUUUUAUUGCAUUCACGUAAGUGACAGAGUAAUAUUUUAUUUUUAUUGUUAAAAAUACUGCAGUCUUUCUGUUCUUAUGUCACAUUAUUUUUUUUUUUUUUUGUAAAAUUGUAAAAUAUUAAUUUUCAAAAUGUUAUACUAUAACUGUGUAAGAAGUUAAAAUAUCGAUAAUAGAUUUAAUUAAUCUUAAUGAAUAAUUAUUUAAACGGAACGGUAAUCUAAAACUUGUAUAUAUUCAGUGCUUGAAUUGGAAAAAUAAAAGAAAUGGACUAUGAAUCAUAAAAAUGUAGCGUUCCUUGCAAUAAUCGACUUCCACCUAACCCGUGGGAGCUUCGAAAUCCAUAUUUUCUGCAUUAAUUUAAAAAAAAAAAUUCCACAAGUCAUUACAUAUAACAUAACCCAUAGAAUAAAAAAAUUAUAGAUUUCAAGAGACAAAAUUUGUAAAUAUUUUCGAUUAACAGUCCUAAUUAAUAAUUAAGUAAUAGGGUUACAUAAUUAGGUAGGUACAAUUUUAUGCAUCGAAUAAUCGUAAGCAGUCAGCUAUAGUUCGGCUACCGUUAAUCGUACUUAUCAGUUAUCACUAAUUUUAUCAUACAAGGUCGUACACGUGCAAUACAAAAAAAAAAAAGAUAAUAAUUGGUUAUAGGACGAAUAAAUUCUGAAAAAAAAAAAACUUCAUAUUAUAAUUUAUAGAGUUGACGAAAGAGCAAUAAAUAUAUUUUUAAAUGACAUUAUUUACUUAGAGACGUACUGUCCCCCCAUUAGAAAUGAUUAGUAAAACGACUCUAAAAAAAAAAAAAAAUAAAUAAAUAAAAAUAGUAGAGGAGUUUCGUCCCGUUGCGUGCCUCCAAUUUAAGCACUGUAUAUAGUUCUUUAUACUUUUAAACAUAUACAUUUCCGAAAUACUCGUAAAAAUAACAGGUAGAUAAUAAUUUAUCUGCCAGAAAUCAUGCUCUAAUCAUCAAUUUUAGUGGUGGUAUACUUAAUGAUUGCUGAAAAACGGAAAAAAUGUACGCAAAAACUAUGUAUUUUUUCAAAACCAAAAACAACUUUAUGAAUCUGAAAUGUUCACAGAUACUUACAUUAGCCCUUAGUAAUAUUUUCAAACAUUUUGUUGAUUAUCCGGCUACCUAUACCUAACCGUUUUGAAUUUUCGAGUUUUUUUAGUUUUUAAUUGGUUUUAUGUAUAUUCAAUUUUUUUGGUUUUUAAAAAUUGCUUGACAAUUUGAUACAACCUUCAUUAAAAGUUCUUCUAAUAGCGCUAUUAAUAUAUUCAAAUUAUGAAAAUAAUCGUACAAAUUACGACACUUCGCUUAUUAUUAUUUUUUCGAUACGUGUGGAUGAAUUUAUUUAAAAUGUUUAAAUAUUUGAGCCGAAAAACACGAACAAUUGUGAUUUACAUUGUAGUUACAAUAUUUACUAAUGGACAUAUAGUUUUCAAUAUAUUAUAAUGUUUGUCGAUUCACGAUCAAUCGAGUAUCGUUUUUCGCUAGUAAUAAUUUAUCAGUACAGAUAUUAUAAAUUCAACUAUUUUAUAACCUUUCCGACUUUUCGUCAACUUUAAUACAACAGUGGCUUAUAGAGCGGUAUCAGUUGUACGAAGAGCGCAGACGAUGUAAAAAACACCGUGGCCUUUUUUUUUCUUCUUUUUUUUUAUAAAUUUCUUAUUUUUCGCGUGUUAUAUAUAUUUAUGCGAGUUAUUAUACAUUUUUAUAUCCACGGUUUAAAAAUCGUGUUUAAUAAAACCGUUGUUUGCCGUCAGAUAAUAAAAUGCCGGUGAACGAAGUGGAAGAAGCCCAGUCGGUUUCCGUGGAGGCGGCCGAAGUGGCUGAAGUGCCGGAAGCGGGCGCAGGAGAAAACCACGACGAACCGACCGACGGACCGGAAAACGGAAGGUUGAACAUGAAACGACGACCGAACGGUUGUCCGUAUUGCGAUUCGAGCGUGUACAGCUACUGUUCCGACAAACUGUUGCACGACGCUUGCUGUUGCUUAGAUCCUCACGGUGAGUUAAAACGAAUCAGAACACCUAUAAUAUGCCUAAUAUCCUAAUAUAAUAUGUACAGUCAUUAUCAGGAGCGUGUACAAGGAAGGAGGGUGGAGGGUAAAGGGGUUCAAAUAUCCCCUCGAAAUUUCAUGAAAAUCAUGAUGAGAGUAGAUUUUCAAUAAUCUCAAAAGUGGUUCCUGUCGAUGAGGAAGAUAAAUACAAUUUCGGUUUUUAUUUUGAUUAACGGAUAUAUUAUUAUCAGAGGCGACAGGCGGUUAGUUAGAAGGGGCGGGAGGGAAAUUUUUAGCGAAUAUCCACUACUGUGGAUUCAUUUCCGCGAUCCCUAAAAACGGAUCAAACAUUCCCAUUAACUUUUGAACUUUUUCCAGUUAACUUCCCCCCCCCUAUCGUCAGCUGUAGUAUUUCCUAUAUUAUAUAGAAUAUAAUGUUUUGUUACAAAUUCGACUAAUUCAUUCGUUUACUAUCGUUUAUUUUCUAGCGGACGUGCAUUAAGCGAAAUCUUCAUUUAUGGUAUAGAUGUCUAAUGGUUGACCUAAUAAUAAUGGACACUUAAAAUCUCCCUUAAAUAUAUUUUGAACAAUAACAUUUCGUUUGGAACCGAAUUUUGAAUUUUAAAUUUCUAUAUUCGGGUCCAAACUUGAAUUUUAGACUUUUUUAGAAUUUAAAAAAAAAAAAAAAUAAUUUUAACACAAACGUAGUGUUGAAAGAAAAAAAAAUUAGAUAAAGAUAAUAUUAACUAUCCAAAUUAUGACUGCAAUAAUACAAAAAAAGGAAUUUUUUUGCGGAGAAAUGAUUUAAAACAGUGGUGACAAUUUUUUUUUUUUUACAGAGGGCCAUAAAAUAAAAUAAUAAUUUUGGGUUGGUCAAAAAUUUAAACUUUAAAUUUUAAGUUUAUAGAGAAUAUUAUAUUUUAUUGUCGGUACAAAUUAAUAUAGGUACAGUGAUAUAUUUAAUUAUUUAAAGUGAAAUAUAAAUAUUACAUUUAUCUUAUUUUAAUGUGAAUGUUAAAUUUUGAAAUUUGGCCGUAGUUCGUCACUCAUUUAGAAGACGGAAUUUACUUCGCACAACGGGUGGGAGCAAGAUUUCUGGUAAAAAAGUCGUUCGCAGAUAAAAUAAAAAAAUUAACUGGAUAAUAUAUUAAGUCAAAACAAUAUGUUUGUUCCAAACGAAAUAAGAGUGCUUUAUAAUUUAACGAAUUUCCAUUGCGUUCUUGAAUUGAAAUCGUUUUGAAAACGAGAAAAAACGAUGUAAUAAUACAUUUUUGAUUUUUUUUUUUUUUUUUUUGUUGAGUUGUCGCUGUCUCGGACCGGUUAGCCGAUUUAUAAGGAUUGUCUCUAUAUAAUAUACAUAACACCGGAUUAAAAUAUUUUUAAACUUCCACAGUGAAUUUAUACAAAACGUCGAAUAUCUAUAUAUUAUUUAUUACAAAACGAAUUGUGUUAUUGUAUACAAUACAUUGUUAUCCGAAUCGAUUGUCACAAUUUAUUAUAUUAUAUCCGAAUGAAAUAUAUUUUGAGUUUUUAACGUACACAUAAUAAAUAAUAGGUAUAAUAUACAUUAUCAUAAUAUGACUAAGCCGAGUACAAACUUAAUAAUCUAAUCGAGUUAUUAUGCGUUUUCGGGUAUACAAGAAAUCACGCGUACCUUAUCAAAUACGUGUAAAAAAAUACUCGUUUAAUAAUAAUAGUCGUGUGUAUGUACAUAAUAUUGUAAUUUUUGAACGUACACAUCUUUUUUUAUUUUUGUUCUUUUAGGGUCUAUAAAAUCAAAAUACAAUUUAUAAUAUUACUAUUAGGUACAUAAUAUAUUCAACUUAUAAAACGUGAAUAAUGUAACACAUUAUAAUUUAUACAGGUAAAUCCAUUAUAUUAUAUUUUGUUGACGGGAUGCUUUAUCAAUGUAAUACAAAAUCAUCACUCGAUAAUGUUAACAUUAUAAUAUUAUUCCCCUAUUUAUACUUGUAUAUAUAUACUAUUAUUAAUAUUAAAAAAAAAAUUCCCGUUUAAAUAUAUACAAACAACAAUAAAGAAAAAAAAAAUUCAUAUAUUAUUUAAAGACCCACAUCGUCGUUGAAUAUUAUAUUUUAGAUUUUGAGUGUUGCAUGGAGUGUGUUGGUUUUACUAUGAUGCGUGGGGAUUAAAACAUUUCUACCAGAAAUAUUGCGCCUAAUCGGAAGACGACGAUAUACAUUUUUUGUAGAAAUUAAGAUCUAUUUGGUGUAUUAUGGAUGUUAAUUUUUGAUUUUCCGAGUAGUUUUCUUAGCAAUUGGGAAAAAGCAUACACAAGACGGAAAAGACGGUUUCAAUGUUCGAAUUUUUUUUUCGGUUGUAACUAGGAUGAAAAAAAUCGUAUAGAGACUUAUAAUUUGCAUAGAAUAUUCAUAUUAGAGCUGUCAAAUUUUCUAAACAUUGAGCUAUUUUAGACGUUUGACGUAAUUUAGUGUACAGUUAUUCGAUUAACGUGGAUAUAAAUUUUUGGUUAUAUCAAAAUGUUCGAAAAUUUAAUACGAGAUUCAUCACAAGUUAUUUUUGAUACUAAAAAAAAAUAAGUUGAGUGCAAUGUAGUAAUUCUUUUUUAUAAGCAUUUUAAGUACAGAUUUUUACGAGAAUAGUACAGACUAUGGCACUUCAAAACAUGUUUAACCGAACUGUGCUCAGAAUGAUUUAUCGUUGCAUACAAAUAUAAAUUUAAUAACUUUAGCUAUCUUACAUUUAAACGUCUCAUCUACAGUUGCACACCUAUCAUCAGUAUUACAUUGUACCUAAGGAGCUGCAUGUGACGACAGUUAAGGCUAUCGUAUAUUUUGUACAAAAUCAUGCCUCAUGGAAAAAUCUAUCAUGUCUCGUUAGAUUUUGAUAUGGGAGGGAGGAGGUUAAUUUCAAUUGAAAGAGGACGACAUUUUGUAGGUAUCAUUGAAUCCCGAUUUUCAAAAUUCAAUUAUUAUAAAUUCUAUUGAGCGUCUGUAAAAUUAAACAUUUUCGCAGAGUUAAAUACGAUCAGUAUUGUAUGUAGAUUUGCUUUUUCAAAUGAAAAAUAAUAAAAAAAGAUACUGGAGACGAGUGUAUGACUAUUGUAGGCGAGUAGUUGAGAUGAAGGAUACAUAAAGUUAUUUAAUUUAUAUCUGUAUGUUGUAAUAAACCAUCGCUAAUGAAAAACGAUUCUAAGCGAAGUUCCGUUCUACAUAUUUCGAAAUGCCAGAAUUGUUACUAUUUUCAUCGAAAUUAUUGAUCUUAAAACGCUUAUAAAAAAAACUUUUUUACAUUAUGUUUAACUUUUAUUUUGAUCAUUAAAUACAACUUAUAAUGAACCUCGUGUUAAAUUUUCAAGCAUACAUGUUUUGUCAAAACAAUUUUAUCCAUAUAAUAUCUACUAAAUGAAAAUUAAAAAAAAAAUACAUAAAAUAUCUAUAAAUAUCUCAAAAAUUGCCAAAAUAUACUAUGUUUAAAAAAUGUUAAUAUAAGUAGCCUAUGAAAAUGUUUGAUCUGUACAAUAUUAUUUUUAACAGAAUUACAACAAAAGAAUAAAAUUGAAUAGCACAGUGAAACCGUUAUUUCUAAAAACUCUUAUCUUAAACAAAUCGUACUAAAAAGUAAACAAUCUCUUGAAAAUAAAAAUGUUGACAUAAUCACAAUUUAUGAAUUGUGGUCCAAAUUAUAGGCUAAAAAAAAAUAUGUCACGUGCACUCAUAAACAAUCAAUUUCGACGUAGGUAAUAUUAUAUUAGAGCGUUCUGAUAGUAACGUUGCUGUUUCAAAGAUAUUCUCCCUUGAAGUUUCCACUAGUGAAUAAUAUAGUGCAGAUCCGCCUAUGUUAAACUGGCGUUUUGUUAUGUAAAACUACUUUUUACAAACGCACGAGUAUAUAAGUUCACAUGUUUUACAUUAAGAAACUGGUCAUUUUUUAUAUUUUGUUUAAAAAAUAAAAAAAAAACGGCAUAUUAAAACUAUAAUUAUGCCGAAUUGUAGUUUGCACGUUUAAGUAUUAUUUUAAUUCAAAUUUUCAUCAAUAAUAUUCAUAUUUAUUCAUGUUUACACAAUAAUUAAGACCAAUUCAACAAAAUACAAAAUGUAAAAAAAUAGUCCAAUAUAGGCGAUUUUCCCUAACGAAGUGAUUGUUUAAUAGUGCACGUGCCAUAUUUUUAUUUUAGUCCAUCAUAAAGUCAGUCUAACAUUGUCAACGUUUUUAUCUUCGAAAAAAUAUAAUAUUAUUUUUUAGUAAGGUUUUUUUUCUUAUAUGUUUUUUCCAGUUUUUCCUAAUUAUUAGGAAAACCACUUGGAAAAUCAAAAAAUAAUCAGUCAAAAUAUUCUAACUAUAUCCAAAAUGCAACAAAAAAGAUCAUUUAUAAUAUUUUGAUUGGGCCAAGAUUUCGGUAAAAACGUAGCUCACAGACAGAAAAAAAGCACACAUUUUGGUAAAAUCAACACAUUUUUCAUUUAGAUUGUAAAUUAUUUAAAAUCUGAGUGUUUUAUUACGAGAUGGGAGAUAUUCUUCCACAGAAUAAUUUUGGUCUAUAUAAAAACGAUUGUAUCCCUAUAAUUUAUUGGGUAUUGACCCGUAGAUUAGGCAAUAGAUUAGUGUAAAAACCGUUUCAUCUUUAAGGUGCCAAGGUUAGGUUAGGUUAGGUAAGGUAGGUAGGUAGGUUAAGUCGUUAAAAAUUAUUCCAUAUAACUGGAGAAAAUUUGGAAAAAUGGAUCCAACAGUUUUUACUGUAGGUAAAAAUUAGUUUUAAUACCGAUUGAGCGUGGUUGUUUUUACGGUGAAUAUUUUGACAACACGAUUGAUCACAUGCAUUUGAAUAUAACGUUGCCAAUUAUUAUUCGAUCGUCUCGGUAAUACACAGUGUGAUGUUUUCCAAUUUUGUAGGAUUUGAAAAUUAUCUUUAACAUUUCAAUCACCACCUUGAAGACUUUUCUUCUACACGUUGAAACGUUAGUUUCGAUAUUAUUCUUUUCAUUUAAAAGAGUAAAACAGGCCGAACCUCGAUUUCGUACCAAUCGGUGUAUGUACAUACACCGUAUACUGUGAUGAAAAAAAAAAAAGGUCGGAAAAUUCGGAAUUUUUUCAGACGCUCAAUGCUGCAGUUGUUGGUAAUAUUCGAAUAGUGUCGAAAUCGGAGUUCGACACGACCUAUGAAAAAAAGCCGUCUUCUUUCAAAUAGGUACUAAUAAAAAUCCUGAUCGAAAUCGAAUUAUUCUACGAGGCGCCAGCAGUGGCGUAUUUACGGAGGGGGGGGGGAAGGCCUACUAACCUAUAGGUUCCCCUCUAGGCCAUACCCACUCCCACCGAGGCUCCCUACGUCCUUGAUUUUGAAUUUAUUACGUAUACGCGUGUGCAUAUUGUUACGAAUAUUAUAUUAUUAACGUAUAUAAUUGUGUAUUUUGUAUACGCUCGACGACAUUACGAUUUUCAACCGUUUCCGGGUCUCCCGUUCACGUAACGUUCCCGCGCGUUUCGGUCUCGGGUCGGGUUGAAGACCUCGCGCGGAGUAUGUAUUUUUUUCCCGACUCGGUCGACGAUAGAAAAAAAAAAAACCCGAUCACGUUUUUUUCCCUCGUAUAUACGGACGUCGUCGUAUUAAUACAAAAAACGCGGCGGCGGCGGUAAUAUUAUGGUAAAUAAAAUAAAUCAAGACGAUCGUCGGGUCGUCGGCAUUCACGUUGUGUACCAUAUAAAUAAUAAUAUAACCGUACGAUUACAACGCGGCAUACGCUGACGACGCAGACACGGUCGCAGACAACAACACCCUUACAGGGGGACGAUUUUGUGUUAUUAUCAUUAUUAUUAUACGGCAGAGAGGCAGACGACUGCAACAACGGCCAUCGGCGCAGCACGUUACAUGCUGCGUGCGAGAUCAUGCGCGUGUGUGUACGGCGCGCGCCGCUAGACGAUGCGUCAAAACCGUUUCUUCGCGGCGUCGGCGGCGGCACACGUUGGAUUCGAGUGCAAGCCGUUCGGGUCAAGGUUAAGGCCGCCGCCGCCGCCCCUGGCCCCUCGACGGCCCACUGUCCGUCGCCGCCGCCGCCGCAGCCACGCGUCAAGAGGAAAUAUGUAAUGCCGUCGCGUAGGCACUGAACUCGAGUGUGCGUAGGGUUCGGUUUCCCGCCGCCGCUGUGACGGUGCCCGUGGAUGGGACGCGGCCGACAGCUGAGGACGACGCACGGAGACGCACGUGUCCGAGGCGCGGCGGCUCGGAGUUCUCGUGGAGGAGACGGACGCCCGUUUUUACUGUACGCAUACCCGAAAAAAAAAAAAAAAAUAAUAAUAAUAAUAAUAAUAAUAAAAAACUCGUUUCGCUUCCACUUGUCCGCCGGAGGACGGCCGCCACCACGCCGCCACUGCCGCCGCCGCCGCCGCCGCCGCCGCCGAUUAAUAAAUCCGCGUUACCGUCGAUUGUUAUUCAUGUUAUAAUGUUAUAUUAAUGUGAUUAUAAUAUUACAUUAUUGCUAUCGUAAAUCGGCGCCGAAGUUUUAACGGUCGAAUUUCGACAUUUAGCGGCCUCGAUAUUUUUGAAUUCGGGCACAGAACAAAUAACGUAUACUGUUGCUGAUCCCGCAAGUCUCCGUCCGCGCACGACGUGGCAACGGAAUUAUAGAAAAAAUACUCAUUCGGAAUGGCUAGGGUAUACGGUAUGCCGACAAUUGCGGUCCCUUAAUUUAAGCCGCCACCGAAAUAGGUGCGAAAGAGACAGCUGCGUUUUCGGCCGCAACAAACGUGUCGUAGCAGCCCGCCGCCUAAAAACCUAUUCCGACCGAACACGAUUAUUAUCAAUGGGAAAUGCCAGGCUACCCGCACACGCGACCGCCACUGAAUUACAGCUAGUGCAGGCUGAAAGUGGAGAAAUUCGAGACUAUACGCGUAUAUUAAAAGCACACACGACGUCUGUUCGUAUUAGACUAUUCGUAUCCACGGUGAUGUACAUAGAAAAUAUUUCCGGGGCGGGCUGUUAUAAAGCUAGGGGAGGACAAGACGUGCCAGCUGGUAAAAAAAAAAUAAUUGUUUUUCAAUCAUGCCGUCGUAUGACUAAAAUACGUUAAAUCAGUUAAAUUUAUCGAUUAGAAUUACGGUAAAUAUUAAAUAAUAGGUAUAAUAUAUAGUGGGUAAGGUAUCGGCCACAAUGGCCUCUUCGACGUAACGGACGAGAUCCAAAUCGCUACAAAAAUCAGUUCACUUGUCUGUUUUUCGACCGGAGCGAGGUAGAGAAUAGACGGACAUACUUUGCACGAUGGGUGGGCUGCUGUUGUAGGUGACAAGUUGGGAAGGUAGAGGGAAAAUUGAAUGUAUGUACGCAAGGAUUAACCAUUGCUAAUAAAAAACGAUUCCGAACAGAGUUCGGUUAUAAGUGUUGUUUCAAAACUUUGAUAUUAAAAUUCUCGUAAAAAAAAAAAUUAAAUAUUACACUUUUAUUUUUUAUUUAUUGACACAAAGUCCGGCUUAUAAUGAACCUCCUGUAAAUUUUCCAGAGUACUUAUUGUGCAUUACGAAAAUUACGUAAAAUUAAAAUGUCUAUAAAUGGCUCAAAAAUAGCGUUAAUGUGCAUUGUUUUGAAAAUUUUACCACGUCUAGAAAAAGCAAAUUUAUGUUUUCUAUCGAAACUUCAAGUCUCUACAAAUAUUUUUAACUGAAUCAAAAGAAAAGAAAAGAAAAACAAAAAUUGAAAACGUAAUAAAUUUCGUAAAUUUUCUCCAUUUAUUAUGAAAACAGCUGGAAUAAUCAAAAUAUGACCUCUUUAAAGUAUCACCCCAGUCAGAUUUCGUUUCAGAAAAGGUGCAAUACUCGAAAAUCGGAGUAAAAUUGCUGGUAAAAAAGUCGUCUACAGAAAAAGAAAACCAUCAUUGUAAAACCAGUAAAUUCCUCGCUCCGAUUAGAAUCUAAAGUUGUUAAUUGACGGAAUAAAAACAGAAAAAUACACACAUCAUACCUAGUAAAUUCACUGCGAUCAGAAUCUAAAAUAAGUAGGUAUACCUACGUAAUAUCGUUGACGUUAAAUAUUUUCAUUGACGAUGAAUAGGCACAUGUUUUAAAUACCUAAUAGUACGGCGUUAGGUAAUAUUAUACAUAAUAUACGGUAAAGUGACGCCAAUAAGCGGGUUAAUAUAUAGUGACCUGAUAUUAUAUGACUCGGCUUCAAAAUGGACUUCGGUGCCAUUGUAAAUAAAAAAUAUUACGUCACGAGAAUUCGCCAAUUUUAGCGCUGUGCCGUUAUGAUAAUUUAUGUUAUAAUUUUAUCAGUUGAAGGUUUUCGAAUCGCUAGUAAAGCAAAACACAUUAUAACACGAAUAUAACGCGUCGCACAGUACAUAUAUUUGUUUUUGAAAUAGGCUCCGUGCCCGUUUUUAGAAUUUUCAUCGGCUGUGUACAAUUUUAAAAAAUACUCUCAACAUUAAUUAAUCACCCGCACCUUUUAACGAUAACACUUUCUAGCUAAUUCGUGCUCGUAUAAGGCUUAAGAAACCGUAAUUUGUUUUCCACAAAAACUUAGUUUUCAAAAACCUCACGGCAGUUGCACCCACGUAUCUUAUCAAGUAAAGCACUGCACUGAUAGCCGAAUAGAUGAGUGGGUAAACCGAGAUUUUUGUGUGUAUUAAAAUUGAUUACGAGUUUAAAAUAUUUUGACAAUAAAACUAAUACACAGGCAACUAAUUUUUGUUUUUAUUUGAAAUAUUUAACAUUUAACAAAAAUCGGAGUUCAAGUUUGUUUUUACAAAUAAGAAAAACAAAUAUUGAAAUUGAAGCGUUUUACGAGUAUGAGAGUUUUUCCUGCGAAAGCAUUUCCGUUUGUAAAAAUAGCUAUUAAAAUGCGAAAAAUAAUUGUUAAACUGUACUAAGUUGGUGAAAAUUUUGGCCGAUUUUAAAAGCCUUUUCGUUUGUAUUAUGUGAACAUAUUUUGACUGUAUUUCCGUGAGAAUGAUAGACGGGGACGCCUCAUUAAUCCACGUGGUACAAUUUUUUCCAAUAUUUAUGUUUGUAUAUAUUUUCUAUUUCGUCCGAUAACUUUUAGAUACAUAAUAUAGGGAAAUAACGGAAGCAUAUGAUAACAAAUUUAUCGAUUUGAUGAAGAAAAGAGCCGAUAUGAUGGGUGAGCCGCUGUUGUUUUACCGACGAUUUUUUUCUAAUUAUUAGGAAACAGUAAGGAAAAUCAAAAAAUGACAUUCCUGCAACAUCCUAACUAGACGAAAUUUGUGAUCAGAAAUUAUUCUUGAUGUUAUUGAUCCGAGCAAGAUUUGUGGUAGAAAAAUUGUUUACAGACACAAAAAAAGCACAAAUUACAAAUAAACCUCUUUCUCCUUGCGUUCUGUAUCUAAAAUCAAUUUAUACGUAUAGGGAGAUAUUAGAGUUUUCUAGCUAUUUCACGUUUAUAGGUUUUGCGUAUUCACAUGACAUUAACAAUCUAGUAAAAUAUUCAAUAAAACCGUGUAUAGGUAUUUGAAAAAUACGCGUAAACGUAUAUUCACGUACAUAUUCACUUAUUUUAGUUUUUUGAUAUUUCCUUUAGGUUUUAAAAUUAUAUAAAAUGCAAUAUAAUUAGCACUAGCACUAUUUGUUUAGCCUAAACAAAUAUCCACGAAUACGUGUAUAACAUUAAAACAUGUAAACACGGAUAGAAAAUUCGCGUGUAUUGAGUAUAUUAUCCGUGAGUAAAAAUUCUUCAUUCAAAUGUACACGGACCACGUAGUCGAUAAUUUUGGUGUUUUACAAAUUUGUUAGUUUAUUACUUGUUAAUCGUGUUUCGCAUCGUAUUGCUAUUGUUUGUUAGAUUGCUGUUUGAAUAUUUCAAAUCCGUUAUUCACUAACACAUACUAUAUUACAUUAUAUUUUAUUUAAAUAGUAUAAUACACUAGAUAGAAGAGAGUAUUGACAUAAACCGAUAUCGCAAAUUGACCGAUAUUGAAGUUAUCGGGACAUUGGAUAUCGAGUUAUUUGCAAACCGAUAUAUUCAGAAAUGUUUAUUAUGUUGUUUCUAGAAUGUGAAAAACGUAUAAAAAUAAUUGAGUUUUCGAUCGAUAUAUCGAUACAUGGGUUGAUUUCCACCAUAGUUUUUGAUUUCGAACGUCGGAUCGGUUAAAUGCAGUCAAUUUCGAUUUAUUAUUGAUUUUCAUAAUAUGUUCAAUUUAAAAAUAAUUUUUCAACAAAUUAUAAAUAUGUGUUAAUAUAAUUUAAAUUCUCUUAACAUUUAUCAGCAGUUUCAUCAUUACGACCGCAAUCAUUUUUUACAGAUUUCUAAAGUAGCGGAGUCCCGACCAGUUACUUUGCAAUCGAUUUUAGAUUUUAAGCAAAAUUAUAAAUAAAAAUGUUUGGAAAUCUGCGUUUUUUUUUAUUUGUGUGUCUAUGUCCACUUUUUCAUUUAAGAAAAACUUUCAAAACAUAUUCAUACCGCAUACCUAUACACAGUGUCGUGUUGAGGUAAAAUGCCGUCGGGGGCGUACGUUUUUUGUUUACUUAUAAAUUCACCCUCCUCUUCCCACUAUACCGAUUAUUACUAAACAGAAAAUGUAGUUGAUCAAAUUCCUCAGAUAGCCUGACACACUGAUUUCUUUGUAGCCAUCAUCACCCAGAAAUUAAUUGUAAAUUGACUACUGCAUAAAGUAUAAUCGAUGAAUAAAUCAACCAUCAUAAUAUAAUUGAUAUUUUGUUGCUAUGGAAACAAAAUGUCUGAUCCAUAAAGUAGAUAGUAUUAAAAUCGAGCCACUACAUACCCAAAAAGAGUACACACUAAUACAUUAUUGUAAAACUAAAUAUUAAUCUUGCUUAACUUAGAAUAUAAAAUUGUAGAUAUUUUAACGAAAACUUAAAAUGGUUUAAUAUAUUAAAAUAUGUAUUGUAUAUUGUUAAAUUUACAUUUUUUUUAACUCCUGAGUAACAUUAUAGUUUAUGAGUAGAUUUCGGAAGUCAUUAUGAUAUGAUAUGUAUACCAAUAAAUGUAAACAACUUUUUAAAUGGUAUACAUAAUGUUUAAUGUAUUACAUUUACAGCAGUAAGGUAAAUUCAUAAAAUUAAAUGUAUAAAAAAAACAACUUUUUAAACUUUAAAAAAAAAAUAACAAAUAUAAACCAUAAUAAUUAACAAUUACCAAUUAUUAGUGAUAAUUGUAAUACUUUGUAGUUCGACAAUAAGCUGUUCACUGGCUACCAAGCCGUAAAUGAUAACUAAUUACUAAAAAUUAGUAUAAUAUACCCUGCAGUGAGUAGCGACUGUACAUCUUUAUAAUAAUAAUACCGAGGUUGAUAACAAUUUAAGGAAACAAUUUUAUCCUAUUAUUUUUAAACAAUAUUUGAAAAACAAACGGAUAUAAUUCACACGAUUGGUGGGCCACUGUUGUAAGGUGAGAAGUUGGGAAGGUAGAGGGGAAAUUUAAUGUCAAUCUGUACGUAACGAUGCAAAAAUUAUUCUGAGUCGAGUUCGGUUAUACAUGUUUUGAAAGGCCGUAAUAUUAACGAUUUGAAAAUAAUCAUGUAAAUUUUGUACAUUUCCUCGUAUUUCCUAUUCUCCCAGAUUUUCCUAUUCAUUAUGAAAACCCCUGGAAAAAUGAAAAAACGACCUCCUUAAAGUACAAUCUCUGGAAAAUCGGAGUAAAAUUGUUGGUAUUGUUAUUCACAAUCAAAAAAAUAAAAAUAAAUCGUUAUUGUUAAACCAAUUCAUCCCUCGCGCCGUUCAAAAUUAUAAAUGUCGAUGAUUGUUAUACAAAUAGUAUACAGUUAUUUUGACAGCAUUUUUCUAAUAAUCAUAGGUAACUUAUAUAAUACAGAGUGAUAAACUUAACAUAAAACACUCAUUAUCUCCGAACUAUUUUCGGAAUUUGUUUUUUUGAAGAAACAAGCAACUUUUAAGUUUUACAUUAUCGUAAUUUUGUAUCAUGCUUUUUUUUUUUGAGGAGGGAGUGAAACCAUUUUUUAAUUUUGAAUUAAAAAUAGUGACCUAUAUUAAGAAUUUUAUAAAUUAAUGGAUGUUUAGCUAAAAUUAAUUUUGUUAUUGAAAUGUUUAAUUUCCGUCGACUCGCUUACGAGAUAUUUCACUUUUAAGUUUGCCGUUUUGCCGAUCGGGGGAAAGCAGUGAAAUAUUGCUGUAAAACUAAUACACUCCUCACUCCACUUAUUAAAAUUUAAAAUAAAUAAAUAAUUCUCCACGAGGAAAUUGAAACGAUGCGUCAUGCACGUCGUUACUAAUUUACAAUAGUACGCGUACCUGGAAUCGGGGUAUCCAAAUACUGCAUUAUCCACAGUAGGCAUGAUAUUAAGAAGAACAAUGUAUAGUUAUUGUUAUUACUACAAUAAUUGCUGUAAAAAAAUUCCUCGUCCAGUGAGUCUCAACUGUAUUGUUUUCCAGUAUUCAGUCAAGUUCAACUUAUUUAGAUACUUAUUAGGUAAAUACUAGGGCUUACGAAUUCAUGUGUACCUAAAUACACGUGUGUUUAAAAAUGCACGUAUAUUUAAUAAUUGUCGUGUAAAAAAGUAUGUUUGAGUACAUUUUAUGUUCCAAUGUUUUAAAAAAUAAAUGUUGGACACUGGGGACGGGUGUGCUACUGUUGUAGGUGUUAUUAAUAUUUGGCGUAUACUGUUAAAGGCGUGCACACCGAAUUUUGUUCUUCUGAAUUUAAUAGGAACGGGGCUUUUUCGGAUUUUCACACCGGGCUGACCGAAUUUCAAUAGGUACCUACGCCACUGCAGAUAAAUGAUAAUAUAACAUUACCUAUUUUCUAUUGUUCGGCUGUAUAUUCAAUUAAAUGGUUACUUAUACCUAUUCAAAUACGUAUUGUUACGCAUCGAAUUAUAACUAUAAUUUUCUUUUCACGGUUCUAAUAACUAUGUAUAGUACGUAUACAGUAUACAUAUAUAAUGUACAUGUAUAAUAUAUACAUCGGAAAACUGUUACGGAUGAAAACCGAGUAAAACUAUAUCUACGACGUAAUAGCUAAAGACUGUACAGAACUAGACGAAAAAAUUGCCAGUUUUUUUUUUUUGUACACCGAAACAAAUUUUGUAAUAGGUAGUACAAAAAAAAAAAAAACAAAACGGACAGUAUUUAUACAUAUCUGUAUAGGUAUAGGUAAUAAAUAAAAGUAACCGAGUAUAAUAUAAUAUAAGAACUACAGAUAAGUACUUAUAUGUACGUGUUCUAACGAGAAAGACAUCGAAUAACUUAGGUAUUAUUUAACAGACACCUAGAUAUUAUAGGUACGUAUAACUUAUAAAAAAUAAUAAUAUUAUAAUAUUAUCUUGUUUGUUUCGCCGAAAAAUUGUUUUGGUCUGAUAAUAUAAAUUUUAAUCAUCUAAAAAGAAUAAGUUGUAUAUAUAUAUAUACAUAAAAAAAAACAUGCUUUGCCUGAUGGGAGUGCCACUAUUGUAAGCGAGAAGUUGGGAAGGUAGAAUAUUCAGGGAAAUUUAAUGUAUAUUUGUACGCAAAGAUUGAUCAUUGCUAACGAAAAGUAAUUCUGAGCGGAGUUCAGUUACACAUGUUUUAAAAGCCCAUAAUAUCUCCGAUUUUCGUCAAAAUUUAUUAUUAAAAUUCUUACGGAUAAAAAAAAAACCACAAUAAAUUUAACUUUUUCUUAUUUACCACUAAGUACAACAUAUAAUAAACUUUCUAUUAAAUUUUCCAUCAUUUCUGUUUGCUCUAACAAUUUUAUCCACCUAACUUACCGAAUACAAAUUACGUAAACAACUCGCAAAAUUAAAAUGUCAGUAAAUGGCUCAAAAAUGGCUUAAAUGUUUAAAAAAUUUGACCAAGUCUAGAAAAAGCAAAUAUACAUUUUCUGUCCAAUUUUCAAGUUUCUAUGAAUAUUUUAAAUUUAAUUAUAAUAAAAAAACAAAAUUGGAAAUAAUAAAAGCUUUAUUUUCGUAAUUUUUCCAGUUUUUUCUGGUUUUCCUAAUUAUUGAAAAUUACAAAGAAAAUCAAAAACCGACUUUCUUCAUGAGUAAUUAGAUUGGAAAUUUAAUAUAAAAGGUUUCUUGUUAUUUUUCUACUGAAGUAAUAUUUUUCAUAGAAAAUAUAAAGCGUAAAAUGUAAAAUAAUUUUCAUUCUACAUUUGUUUCCGGAUUUUUCCAAGUUGUUAAAAAAACUAUAAGAAAAAUUAAAAAUCUAUUUUCUUCAUGAAUAAUUAGAUCCAAAUGCGACAAAAAAAAGGUGUUUUGUUAUUUUUUAAUUUAAGCAAGAUUUCCAGUAAAAGAUAUCAGUUAAAAAAUAUAAAAUCAUGAAAUCGUCACUCUAUAAAUAUUUGUUCGUUUAUCCUUAAGUUUUUUUCCGGUUGUUCCUAAUUAUUAUGAAAACAGCUUGGAAAUUCAAAAAUGAUUUUCCGAGGAGGUUAAUCUAGUUCUGAGUAGUAACUGGAUACAAUUUUCUUUCAGAAAAGGGUGUUACAUUUAAUAAAUUGGAGCAAAAUUUCUGACAGAUGUUGUGUACAUAGUAUAAAAGAAAAAAUGAAUAUCAUUGUUAAACAAAUAAAUUUCUCGCUUCACUCGGAAUCUAAAAACAAUUUUAUGGUAAUUUAAUUACAGUUCAAUUAUAAUAGUACCAAAUGCCAAUAUUCAUUAAAUGAUAUGCAAUUAUUUUGAAUAAUGCUAACAAAUCAGUAGGCAGGUAUCGAUAAACAAAAUGUUAAAAAUAAGAAAAAAAAAAUACCUUAUAAUAUUUGGAUGCUUAUUUAUCCAAAUAUUGAAUAUUUUUAAUAUCUAUUACAGACAUGUUUUUUCUUUAUCGUAUUAUAAGACUUUUUUUGACGAUUCUACAAUAUAGGUAAACAAGUUUAUUUAAUAAUACUAAUAAUAUUAAUGUAAAACAAUGAAUUAAUUAAUAUUAUAAUAUUUGUAAAACAAUAAUAAUAAAAUAUGACUAUACUAAUGCUUUAUUGUUUGGGAAUAUUUCAAUGUUCAGUUAGACUUUUGAACGAAGACAAUGAGUUUAAUAAGGACUUGUGUAACUUGUGUAACCGGAAAUUUAAGAAUAUCAAAGUCACUUAUAUAAUAUAAUUAUAUUAUAUAUAUAUAUAUAUCUAUUAAACUAAUAAUUGUUAAAAAGCCUGUCAUACUUUUAUUAUUGUAUUUAGGAUUUUGCUGAGGAGUAGAGAGGUAUUGAAUUGGGAAAUUGUAUCAUAUUGUAUAACGUUUAUCCACGCUGAACAAAAAAGGAUCAAUUUUUAAUAUUUUGUAUAUUUUUUUAAUUUAUAAUUCAAUCUCCUAUAAAAUUAUCAUAUAGGUAUAAGUAAUUGUUUACUUUAUGAGAUCUUACUUUGGGUAUAAACAAUAGCGCUUACCUACCGAUCAUUGUUGUUGGUACCUUGAUGAGAUAUUUCGUUCGGCAUAUAGGAUGUAAUAGGGCGAUUUAGUUUAUAUUUACUGAAAGCAAAGAUAAAUCAUUAUUUAUGCAAUCAAAAAAGAUUUUUGUAGGUUAUCCAAAAAUCAAUAAAAAAAAAAAAUCUUAUUACGUUUUGUUAUUUUAUUAUGAUGUGAACGGUUCUGAUCAUUUUGACCAGACAAUAAACCAUUUGGACUUUCCGAGAAAAGAAAUAGGUUUUAAGAGGUGAACUGUUAAGAAUUUCAAACAAAUAUCUAUCGGUCGAAAAUUCCGUGUUUUUUAAAGUACCGUAUAAUAAAACAAAAAAAAAAAAAAACCAUAUCAUUUCCCUAGCAAAAGAAAUUCGUUUCCAGAAAACCACAUUUUAGUAAACCGAAUGGCUUCUUCGUUACACUCAUAAUCUAAAAGUAUUAUAUAGUUUUCGAUUUAGAAAUUAUACUAAUGACGCAAUAAUGUAUAUAGGUACUUACUUGCGAUUUUAGCUUCCGCUAUAACGAUUACGAUUGUAGUGUUAUAUAGAAAAUAACGAUAAGAAGAAAUCAAUUUGCCACUGAUUUAGUGAUUUCUAAUUCAAGUCUAGGUAUGUUUAUUUAACGUGGCGUUACGUUAGUUAAUCAUUUAUAUUUGUAAACAGUAUCGUUAAAUUCUAAUUUGUUAAGUAGGUAGUGAAAAGAAAAAUCGAAUUUGUUCAGCUUUUAUAUUUAUAUGCGUGUAAAUUUCUUCUUAAUGAAAAAAUAAAAAAAGUACAAUAAAUUUUAAUUUUAGUGAAAUGUAUUAAAUUGAAUCUACGCGAGAACUACAUUACUAUGUUGUUUAAGUAUAUACAAGAUAAUCCACUAUUUGUUCGUAAUCGAUAUGAUCCAACCAAUUCCUCGGAUUGUAAAUUUUGAUUUCUGGUUUUUUUUCUUCAAUCAUUAAAAAAAUCGUUUAAGCUUUGUUUUAACACUAUUUUCAAAUCUUCACCCCUAUUUAAUUGUACCUUAAAUUAAUACACAUUUUUAAUUUUUAAAUAGAAACCUAUACUAUCUUUUAAAAUACUGAUUCGAAUGUAAAAUGUUUAUUCAACAAUUUUCUUACUUAUUUUUAAUUUUUUUUACUUAAUGUUUAUGUGUUAUAAUAAAUUUUAUAAUAAAGCUUAAACGAUUUCAUAAUAUUAUUGUAAGGACUGAAAAAAACAAACAGAAACCAUAUUCACUUAAAAUCCCCUCCCCCCCCCCCCGCUGGAUUAUCAUGAUAGAUAUAAAUAGUAAAAAUCGUAGCAGGAAUCUCAUAAUAUAUGAUAAUAUAUGAGCAUAAUAUAUUUUAUUAUUCUAUAUAUAUAAUGUUAUAUAUAUUUGGAAAACAGCAACUACCUGUUACACAACUCAUACAUGUGGACUACAGUUUGCAGAUAAGCGAAUUUCAGUAAUAUAAUAAUAAUAAUAAUUAUUAUUAUUAUUAUGUUGUCCAGGUCAGUAUUAUGAAAAGACGUCAUCUAACCUGAGACACGUGUCAAUGCCGAACACUGUAGACAGUUUAGACAAUCAUCAAGGUGACAUUAAAGAGAAAUCCUUUAGUACAAAACGAUUUAAUAUCCAAACACACGAAAUUCGUUUAUUAUAAUUAAUCUGGCGUCAAAUCGUUUUAAACAUUUGUACGCGUGCUAUUAUUUUUGAAUUACUAUAUAGGGUGUUCCACGAGGAUAAUGUGACCAUCGAUAUAUAUAUAUCUUGGAAAAUAUUAACUUUUUUUUAAAAAAAUUUAAGAAACAAGUAGCUCUAAAAUGUAACAUUACUAUUACUUUUUUGUCACGAUUAUUUUGAGGAGUGAACCAAGUUUUGAUUUUCAAAUAGCAACUUUUAUUCAACAUUACAUAAAUAGACGAAGAAUUGGUUUAAAUUUAUUUCUGUUAUCCCAUCGAAAAGAUUUUCCACUUUUAAGUGUACGUAGAGGGAGUGUGACGGUACAGCGUGUGGUAUUCGAAUAGUGCUCCACAAUUCUCCCUCUACCCAUACGUCUUAAAAGCGGAAUAUCUCAUCAAUAAAUUGAUAGAAAUCCAGAAUGUCAACACUGAAAUGUAUUCAAACUAAUAUUCUACAUAUAUAUGGAAUUUUUAAUAAAGACUGUCAUUUGAAAAUAAAAAGCGGUUAUUCGGUUUGUCACCAAAAAUAAGGGAGAUAAAAAUAAUGAUAAUUUAACAGUUUAGAGCUACUUGUUUAUUAGAUUGUAAUAAUAAAAAUUACAAAAAAAGUUUAUAUUUUCAAAUUCAUCGCCAAUGAUAAUAUCUUUGCGAGACACCCAGUAUAGGUAUUAUUAUUCUAUUAAAAUGCUUGAACGUUUUCAUUUUUAAGGUCAAAGAAAAUAAAUCGACAAUUAUUAAUUAUUAUAAUAUAAUACGCCGUUUUAAGCGCAUUAUUUACUAUUUACGUUUAACAUUCUUAAACGCUUACUGUUUUGUUUAGAUUUUCUCUAUCAUACCUAAAUAUUCUAUAGGUUUGUUGUUCGUUUAAAUAUUAUAUAUGCAGCGCCCACGGGAUUGUCAUUUGGUAAUUCAAUACAAUAUUUUAAUAUGUGUAUUUAUACAUAGACAGUUUAAGUAAUGUCUGUAGAAAAAACCUAAAGACUAGGAAAUUUUAUUCAAUAACCAAGACAAAAAUAUGUUAUAUAUUUAUUAGGAAUUAGGCAAACGUCACCCCUCGAAAAAAUCCUUGUUCCUUCACUAGAAGCGAGAAUAUUGACCUAUUUGAUUAACUAUAAAAUUAAUGUUGUUCUUUUUUAAUCCACGAAAUUAAGGUUUUGUUGAUAUAUAUAUAGUAAAAAACGAACGAUAAACAUGAUAUAAUUUUUACCAGAGUAUAAUGAUAUGUAUAAACGUAAAUGCAAUUUAAUUUUUUUCCAGAUACAGAUUUGCCCAAUGAAUGUCAAUUCGCGGAUUGUAGUUUCCUGCACUCCAACACUUGCCGAGAACACCGUCUUAUCACUGCCUGUUGCUGUAAUCAGUUUCUCGCGCAUAAGAAAAAGUAGUUUUAAUAAUAUAAUAUAAUAUACACUAUACAGCUAGGCUACUAUAGGCUAGGUAUUACAAAUAUAUACCCGUAUUUAUAUUUUAUAUAUAUAUAUAGGUAUUGUUUGAUUUAAUACUAUGUUAUGCAUUAUCUUUUUUUUUUACGAGAGUAAUUUUCAUGUAUUCGCAGAAAAAAAAACAACAUAAUAUAAAGUAAAAAAAAAAAACCCAUACAAAUUGACUGACGUUUAAACAGAGUCUAUAAUACUUAUAUGUCACCUAUUAUUAUAUUAUUUGUUUUUAUUUAGUAUUGUUAAUAUACUGUUAUCAAAAUGUAUGUUUGAAUAAUAUAUUAUUUCGUAUACAAUAUAGGUAACGAUAUUUGUUUAAUUUGUGCGCCUCUCAUGAUACUGCGAUUUUUUUUAUUUUCUUAAAGUAAAAUUUAACUGUUGUUAAUUUAAAUGAUUAAAAUUACCUACCUACCUAACUGUCUAUAUAUUAUGUAAACACUCCUUAUUAAGUGUUGAGUGUUGUUACACAAAUGUAUUCUGCGUUACCUUUGAAUAGGUACCUACAUAAUACUAACAUACUAUUGAGUUGUAUUAAGAUGACGUAUGCCCGCAUGUGCUGUCUCCAUUUUACAUAGGUACGUACGAUGUAGUAAAUUUGCGUUCAGCCAGGACAACUUUGUUAGUUUUAAUAUUGGAAUAACGGAUAAUGCAGAUAAUUCAGAAUCUUAUAGAUAGGUUAAUUCACUUUAAUAUUAGAACUAAAUACACAAAGUUAUUCCUGCGGAACGUAAAUUUGAUAUGUCGUACUUUUGGUAGACAGAAACAGCACAUAAUUGUAUCGCGCCUCUUAAAUUUUCUAGGAAAAUUAUACUUUUAGUUACGUAAUUGUAAACACCGUUUUAUUUUAACAAUUUAACAAUUUUAGAUUUUCUCGAUUUUAAUUAAACAAAAUUUCCGUUGUAUGUUUAAUGUAAACUUGAAAUUAUUUUUUUCAUCGUAUAUUGGAUAGGUAAACUUAUGAUAUGACUACAUGUAUAGUAUAAAACCAACGAUUUUAUUUGUAAUGUUUGUUACAUUUAAAAUAACUUUUCUAAUAUUUCAUAUAUUAUUAAAUAAAUAAUAUUUAAUUACUAUUAGUAGUUAACAUGUUAUUACAUAUUGUUAUUUUAUUCGAAUAGAUCAAUAUUAUUCAAUUUUAG